UUAUCAAAGAGAUGAUGUAGAUAAUUUAAUUGAUAGAUUAAAUUUCAGUUCAACAUCAACAGCAGAUGAAUAUAUAUCAAUUGAUGAUGAUGAGAUUAAUGAAAUGCAACCGACGAGGAAAUUCUUGGUUCUUUUGAGCAAAUCGAAGAGGAAUAUGUUAUUAUAA